AUCAAAUCCUGAAGUAGGGCGUUGUUGAAAAUUUGUUUGAGUUAGGGCGUUUUCGAACUGGCUGCCGCAAUAGGGCGAUCUUCCACUCGGGGAACAGCUGUUCUCGCCUUUAAUAAACCUUAUAUAAACGUGGCGUACGGGAGCGACUUUGGAUUAAAUCCUGCAAGGCCUUCAAAUUUUAGAUGUUCUGGAACGCACUAAAUAUGUAUGUAUGUACAUUUGUACAUAUGUAUGUAUGUACAUAGUUACGCAUAUUCAGGACUGCUAUUGUGGCACUCCUCAGAUAGGUUUAUAGUACGGAAAUCUGCUUACAUUCAUACAUAUGUACAUAAAUCGUUGCAUUUGUCCAUACUAUGUAAUUAAAUAUCGAAUAUUUUUUUUUGAUUUCACAAUUGAAAAAUGCAUUUAUAAGCAGAAGUUUUGUUGUCUAGUGUAAAUCAUGCGAGUGCAUCACUUGGGAAAAUACGUAUAUACAUACGUAUAGACAUACAUACAUACAUACAUACAUAUAUAUGUAGGUUCUAAUCAGUCUUGAUGUCACACCUCUCAAGCGUUAAUUUUUUCAGUUAGCUAUUUUUUAUAGAAACAAAAAACACAAUGCACCACUAAAUAAAACUGCCGGUUUGUUGAACGAGUAUGUGUCCAUAUAGUAAAUACAUAUGUACAUAACUAUGUGUACAUUUCGUAGUUUUCAGUUCUCGUGCAAAGAUAGAAAAAGUGACGUAACAAUAACAUUUUUCUCUAUGACUCAAAUCAGCUGCAUCUCUUGCCCAUACUCCAUGUAUGUGUGCAUGUAUUCUAUACAUCGAGUUUUCUCAUGUGCUUGCCUUUUAUCAAACCGCCACGUAUCAGCUGGGUGAUGUGAGAACGCAAUCACAUUUUAAUCUUUACAAACGUUUUUAUUUUCGUGAGAAUGAUAACGCAAAACUUAAAUUGAUAAUAAAAGAUUGCGAACAUAUUCGGCUAGCGGCAAGGUCUCCGUGUAUUAACACAAUUCUCAUUUUUUUUAGAGGAGCGCGCCCAUCAGUCGAGCGGCGAGCAUUUGCGAUAAAGGGGAGACGCAAGGGCUGCUGUCUGAUCGUAAACCAGUCACAGUUGAGAUGCAAGCGUGGUUACGUAUUUCAUUGCUGCUAUGGAUUUUCGGAUUUUUUCGUGAAUUUCGCCCUUCAGAACCGUUUGUUACGGAAUACCUGAGUGGACCGUGGCAUAACAUCACGGCGGAGCAGGUUAAUAAAGAAAUCUAUCCGUUUGGUACUUACGCUGUGCUGGCACAACUUGCCAUUGUUUUCCUAAUUACCGAUAUACUUCGCUACAAACCAAUUAUUAUUGUUUCCGCAUGUUCCGGUAUUAUACUCUUUGGCAUACUACUGUGGACAUACAAAGUAUGGGAACUACAGGUGGGCCAGGUAUUAUACGGUACCUUUAUGGCUACAGAAGUGGCGUAUUACACAUAUAUUUAUGCUAAAGUGGAUAAGGAGCGCUAUCAGAUUGUAACCGGUCAUACACGAUCAGCGAUUUUAUGUGGAAAAUUUUUAGGCGGUGUUGUAGCUCAAGUUUUGGUUUCUACCGAAGUCAUGGACUACAGAGGUCUUAAUUAUAUUUCCUUUGGCUCACAAAUAGUAUCACUUUUUAUAGCAGUGCUUUUACCGCCGGUGGGCAAAAGUUUGUAUUUUUAUGUAGAUGAAGUUUCGUAUCCAACUACAGAACAGAAGAAUGACAACUCCCGUAGCUCACAACUUGAAGCUUUUCCACAAAACGGCUCCGCCGCUGCCAUCCCAACGGCUGCAAGUGACAUCAGUUUGACUACAUCACCUCGAUUUUCCUGGUACAAUGCCUUUCAGCUACUUACGAAACAAAUUGUUAGUGCUUAUACCAAUCGCACAGUAAUCCGUUGGAGUUUUUGGUGGGCUUUGGCAACAUGUGGUCAGGUUCAGGUGAUCUCUUAUGUGCAAUUUCUCUGGAAGGAUAUAGAUCCGCGCAAUGAGAGUUUCUACAACGGUGCUAUAGAGGCGAUUGUAACGCUCUUGGGUGCUGGUAGUGCCAUGGUGGCUGGUAUAGCUAACACUAGUCAUCAUAAAAAAUGGCACAUGUGGAUAUUGACUGUUUGUUCGCUUCUUAUGGGUGUUUUCACUAUCUAUUCAUCACAGACGCAUUUAGUUUGGAUGGCCUACAUAAUGUACAUUCUUUUUGGAAUCUGCUACUUUUUCGUCAUUACAACAGCGAGCGCUAUUGUUGCAGAGAAUUUAUCUGAAGACAGUUUUGGCUUAAUUUUCGGCAUUAAUACUCUGGCGGCACUUGUAUUGCAGUCGAUUCUAACACUUGUGGUAGUUACUGAUACCGGCUAUGGGUUAAAACCUCGUGAACAAUUCUUUGUUUAUGGUUGCUAUUUUAUUGUUCUCGCAAUCAUGUACUUUGUGGCCGUACUUAUGCGACUUUUAUUUAGAAAACUGAGGUGCUGCGGGAAUGGUGUCGUAAAUAUUACGAGUUACAAUUAAGAUUAAUUUAAAGUUAAGUAUCUCAAAACUCUUAAAAUGUGAUUGCACAAGGAAAUGUGUACUUAUACAAUAAAACUCACUUCGAAUGUGACAUUAUUAGCAUAGAAAAAAAAGUAUGUUAUUAGUCGCAGUGAUUAAGCGGAUGCAAAUAAAUGUCUGAAUUUUAUUACCACGAUUAGAUUUUAGAUAUGUAUUUAUGAAUAUUGCUUGGGCAAUAAUUUUAAUCUUAAGUUAUCAGUUACAGAUAAUAAAAUUGUUAUUUUCUCGCAAAAUAUCUACUUUUAAAAUUCGAAAUUUAUUAAUUUUCCACUGCCGAAUAUGGGCUCAGUGAUAUGAUGACAUAGUACUUUAUUGUGAAUUGGAUCUCGUUUUUUUUUUUAAUUAAUCACAUCCCAGUGAAACACACACAACGUUGGAGAAAUAGUUUGGUUUUACAUUAGCAUUCUAAUGUAGUUCUCGAAUUGAAAAUCAGGUUAGAGAACUAUGCUAGAAUUCGAUUAGAAAAAACAUUAGACAUUAGAAACCAAUUAGAAUUGUACGUUAGAAAGCGAUUAGAUAUCUUAUUUCUUUCUCGCUAUUGAGAACUAAGUCCCCUUGUAGAUAAUGCUAUAAUUCUCGA